UCGCCACGUGUUCCUUCGAUUCUCUCUCUGAUCCAUCACAAUUUUGACCAGAUCCUUUUUUUCUUAUUUUCAAAGAAAAUCUUUGACUUUUUUACGACCAAUUUUUAGCCGUGAUUCUUGAUUUGGAUUUGAUACUGUGAAAUGUGAUUUAAUUCUUUGAACAAAUUUGAGUGGAAAAUAUGGGCAUUUGUUGUUUUCUAGUGUAAUUCGGCAAUAUUUGGAUGCCGAUUGCAGGUAAAUUCAAGCUCGAUUUUGAUAGAAAUUUCCUAUUUUUGCCUUUUAUUUUGAUGAUUUUUCGUUAGAUUUUUUCGUGAUCAAGAUCUUAUUAAAAUUUUUCACAGUUUAGUUUAGUAAUGGAGGAAUGUGGUGUCCGGUUGCUAGUGAUUUAAGUUUUUGCUGAGAACAUUGUUGAAGUCCGCGAUCUUUUAUUGAGAAAAUUUCACGGAACUUGGUUUGAUUUGCAAAUUGAGUGGAAAAGUGAGUGAUAGUGGAGAGUAGAAUAGUUUAGGUUUGACUACGAGAUAUGUUGUUGUCUACUGUAAGUAGGCAAUGUUUGGAGGUUGAUUGCAGGGAUGCUUAUGGAUUUGCAGUGAGACCUCAGCAUGUGCAAAGAUACCGAGAAUAUGCUAAUAUCUACAAAGAAGAAGAGGAGGAAAGAUCAGAUAGGUGGAACGAUUUCUUGGAACGCCAAGCAGAGUCUGCUCAAUUGCCUAUCAAUGAAUUACCUUCAGAGGAAGGCAAGGAGGUCUCAAACGUUGAAGCUGCAGAGGAUGGGAACAAUGAAGUCCAGAAAGGAGCUGAAGGGGAUGAUUUAUGUGAAAAGAAGUCUGGUUCUGAUAGUCUGUCAGAGAAUGAUACAGAAAAGGAGAAGGUACAGUCUGCACCAGAGAAAAGAGUUCAUCGAAUCCAAAUAUGGACUGAAAUUAGACCAUCCCUUCGGGCCAUUGAAGAUAUGAUGAGUAUUCGUGUAAAGAAGAAAGGCAGUUUAUCAAAAGAUGAUCAAGAAACAGGUCGAGCAAAGUCGUCGAUAUUAACUCCUACUGAAGAUGCUAGAUUCCCAAAGGGAGCAUCAGAGGAGGAUUCUGAGGAUGAAUUUUAUGAUGCAGAGAGAUCUGACCCAGUUCAGGAUGCCCCUACAAGUGACAGCAUGAGUACCACAACAGGUGCUGUUGCUGCUGCUGCGGAUGCAGCUCAUACAGAAUCUUUACAUCCCUGGAAAGAAGAGUUGGAAGUUCUUGUUCGUGGUGGAGUGCCGAUGGCUCUUAGGGGAGAGCUUUGGCAAGCCUUUGUUGGUGUAAGGACACGCCGAGUGGAGAACUAUUACCAGCAUCUGCUUGCUAAUGAAGCUAACUGUGGCAACAACACUGAUCAAAAGAAUUGCCAGUUAGAAAGUAAGGGUUCAACCACAGAGUCCAUAUAUGGGCCUGACAAAUGGAAGGGGCAGAUUGAGAAGGAUUUGCCCCGAACAUUCCCAGGUCACCCUGCUCUGGAUGAUGAUGGUAGAAAUGCUUUGAGACGGUUGCUUACAGCGUAUGCUCGGCAUAAUCCCUCUGUUGGGUACUGUCAGGCCAUGAAUUUCUUUGCUGCCUUGUUACUCCUCUUGAUGCCUGAAGAAAAUGCCUUCUGGACUUUGAUGGGCAUUAUUGAUGACUAUUUUGAUGGCUAUUACUCAGAGGAAAUGAUUGAGUCUCAGGUUGACCAACUUGUUUUUGAGGACUUGGUGCAUGAGAGAUUUCCCAAACUAGUCAAUCAUCUAGAUUACCUGGGAGUGCAAGUGGGAUGGGUUACUGGACCGUGGUUCCUUUCCAUUUUUAUGAACAUGCUUCCAUGGGAAAGUGUGCUUCGAGUCUGGGAUGUGCUCCUGUUUGAAGGAAAUCGCGUCAUGCUUUUUAGGACAGCACUUGCUUUAAUGGAGUUAUAUGGCCCUGCACUAGUUACAACUAAGGAUGCAGGAGAUGCGAUUACUUUACUACAGUCAUUGGCUGGCUCAACAUUUGACAGUAGUCAUCUCGUGUUGACAGCUUGUAUGGGUUACCAAAAUGUAAAUGAAAAAAGAUUACAAGAAUUAAGAGAGAAGUAUCGGUAUGCUGUAAUAGCUGCAGUUGAGGAAAGAUCAAAGGGGCUUCAAGCUUGGAGGGAUUCUCAGGGCCUGACAUCUAAGCUAUAUAAUUUUAAGCAUGAUCCUAGGUCGAUGCUUAUGGAAACAAAAAAGACAGGAGGACUGGUUGAUUCACAAACAAAUGGGGAUCUCUCUCAUUCCGAGUUUGGAUCCACAAAUGCUGACGAAGCUCUUAUUAGUCUGACAGGUGAUGCUGAGUUGGAUGCUAUUCCCGAUCUUCAAGAGCAGGUUGUAUGGUUAAAGGUUGAGCUGUGCAGAUUGCUGGAAGAGAAAAGAUCAGCUGUCCUCAGGUCUGAGGAGCUAGAGACAGCUUUGAUGGAGAUGGUUAAGCAGGAUAAUCGACGCCAAUUAAGUGCUAGGGUGGAGCAAUUAGAGCAGGAGGUUGGUGAGCUUCGUAAGGCACUUUCUGAGAAGCAGGAACAAGAAAAUGCAAUGCUUCAGGUCCUAAUGCGGGUGGAGCAAGAUCAAAGGGUAACAGAAGAUGCUCGCAGAUUUGCUGAACAAGAUGCAGCUGCACAAAGAUAUGCUACUCAAGUGCUUCAGGAAAAGUAUGAAGAGGCCAUUGCUUCGCUUGCUGAAAUGGAGAAAAGAGUGGUAAUGGCAGAAUCAAUGUUGGAGGCUACCUUACAGUACCAGUCUGGACAAAGUAAAGCUCAACCUUCUCCACGAUCAUCACGUCCAGAUUCACCAGCACGCUACAAUCAAGAAUCCCAACAAGAAAUCCCUGCCAGAAAGAUUAGUUUACUUUCUCGACCAUUUGGACUUGGCUGGCGUGACAGAAACAAGGGAAAGCCCAGUAAUGCCGAUGGGCCAAAUGAUGGGAAGCCCUCAGGUGGGGAUCAGAAUACCAAAGUCCAGCGGAAAGACACAGAUGCAAAGGAAACUGACGGCAGGAACACGAAUGACAAGGACACAAACGGCAUUGAAGUUCAAGAUAAGGAGUGAGACAAUUGCCAGUUUGUCAUGUUAAUAACUGCAUAUAUAUCCUUCUUUUGCUACCUCAAAUUCUUGCAUUUAUUGGCCUUGGUAGGUAAUUUUUCUUUUUAACAUUGGAAAUUCAGGGCAGUAGUAGUUUGCUUGUCUGUAAUUUUUGACUGGAAAACAGAUAUAGUGCUCAUAUAUUAUUGUUUAGCCGUUAUUGGAUAGUAAUAAUUCUAAUUCGUAGAAGUGAAGAGAAUGUAAGUACAAGAGAUAAAUAGGGAAUCAAGUGCAGGUUCUCUGGUAGAUAUUUCAAAGUAAAAUCUUUAGUGCAUAUUUUUAAUUUGUAUGCUUCUGUACUCUCAUCUCUCUAACAGCUGACUCAAUCAGAUAUUGUCCGAAAAGAUAUAAGGUUGACUUCGUCUUUACCAGGGAUUGAGAGCAUAAACGAAGGGUAAGCAUUUUCAUUUGUUCGAUAAGAGUAGUGAAAACUUCUUCUUCUUCUACCUAUUUGUACCAAUAGGUGGUUCAUUUUUAGAAGAAAAUCGAAAGAGAAUAAUUGAAUUUUAAUUUUAAAAUUCUAAAUGAACAAUCUGACGGCUUUACUCGAGUAUUAUGAUCGGAAUACUUGAUUUGGGUGGGUGUAUAUCCGGUCCACUCCCCAAGUCCAGCCUAAAGCGAAUUUGUUUGGGGUCCUACAUGCUAAUCCAGAAGAUAAUGGAUGAGAAUGGGAUGGCUUUUCUUACGUCACUGUAAAAUAAUUUUACAAGUGUCAUUUUAUUCUUCACUUAAGUUGUUAUUAUUAUUAUUAUUUAUUAGAAAACGGUGCACUAAGUUCGAAUUUAGAAAUUUCUAAUCAAAAUUCCGCUCUACCCUUGCUACUUGAAUUAAGCUCAAGUAAUAUUUUUAACUUUUU